ACAUGUUCUUUCGAUUUUUUUCCCCGGGCGGUUGGAUUUACAUAAUUACAUGUUGCGAAAACGAAUGUUACUGCAGCUCCAUAGCUAAUACGUACUGCAAUUAGUUCACGAAGAAUAAAACACACUGACAAGCCCUACAGCUGGAAUAUCUGUUCAAUGAUACGGUCACCGCAGACCGAAGGUAGCCCGACAAAAACCAACAAUUCCCUCUUCGCUUGCUAAAGCGUUCUGCAAACGUGGUGCUACCCCGGGAAAUAUUCUGUCGGUACAAGGGACGUGCUCUUGGUCGUUCCAGGAAUAGGACAGCGACUCCUCUCUUUAUUGUGUAGCGUUGUAGCAUCGUGGACGCGUAUGCUUCGGCUGUCGCUAUUUUAUUCGCACUUUUUCCAUACGAACAUGGAUUGAAUACAGAAGAGUUGGAUAUAAACUGCAGGAGUCUCUGAAGCGAUAGGCUACCCUACUGCGUGGGUCAAAUUUAUACCCUCAUCUCUACUCAUCACGGUACCACUCGUCCUCCAGUCGGAUACCGGACAAAAAUACAGAAGAGUACAGUGAUGGUGAAAUACAAAACAUAGUCCUCGGACAUGGGCACACCGGAGGGGAAUUUUUUUUUUUAAGUGCAUGUUCGUUCCAGCGUUCAUUUAAAUGAAUCCAUUGGCCCGCUUUCAUCGCAAGAAUAAUUUCAAGUGCUUGAAAAUCAACUGCGUGGUUGUGGAAAGUUUCAGAAUGCGACUGUGAUGCAAAAAAACGGUCACACGGCAUCCGAAUGCAGCCCAGCAGGAGGACUCUAUCUUCAGUUGUUCUUCAGCAGACUACCAAUCCAAAACCAGAAUAACUCUCUCGUGCCAACAACACUGACGAACUCGAAUGAAAUAAAACAUUGGAACCCAUAUUUAUUGUGGGAGGAAAGAAGAGCUCUAGAUAGUCUACGCAUUGCUGCAAAAUUGGACGUGGAUUGAGGAGAUAUCGUGAGUUUAACCCUACAUGCACCGCAAUUAACCGAAGGAUCAUACCCUAGAGGUAUUUAUUCACUUCUAAGCGACGUUCAAAUGUUCUGGCGUGCCAAAAAAUAAAAAUAAACCCUACCAUUAUGUAGCUGUUCAUUUUUGUCACGGCCAUCCUCAUAAGACUUCCUUAUUUUCCGGCUAAGGAGAGAGGAGGGCUUACACGAUACAGACAUAGACUCACAGCACACAUAUGCACGCGUCCUGAUAUCUAUUGAUGCAUCUAUCAGGAAAAUACGGACAUAAAACAUACGUGGGUGGGAUUCCUUCUAUUCGCUGCAAAGGAUGCGGAGACCCAUGGCAAUAAACCGGGAUGAGAUGAACGACAUUAUCACGAACAGCUGCCCGUAUUGGUUAGUUGGUUAUCAUUAGCGAUUCCUGAAAUAAAGGGAAUAUACCACAAUGGUUCACUUCAUCGUGGCGCGGCUAAGAUAUUCGACGUUCCUCAACGCAACACGAGUCCCGUGGAAGGAAGUUGAAUUGUGAAACGCGCUCGCGAUUAAAAAAGAGAGCCCCGGCUUCCAUGCGCCUUUUUCGCUGGCAUCGCGGUAUGAAUGUGCCGAUUGUCUUCGGGGAUCAGAUCUCUCGCUGAAUGGUUACAUACAUUAAUUACCCACCGAGUCGUCUUCAGGGAAACAAAAAGGGAACGAGCGCACAACAGUUUCAGAAAUACAUUUCCAAGACUAUUUUACAAUCUUCGAUGCUUUAAACUUGAACCGGAAGGCCAUAUCGUGAGAUUUGCUCGGGAGCUGUGUCUAAUUGUUACAAGACACGUCUGGAAGUACAGUAUUGGGUUGUGGAUUUUUUUCUUUGGUCGUUGUUCUUUUUUUAUCUCACUUGGAUCAAGUUGGAAUUAAGGUGCGGUUUUCACGCUAAUCAAUGCGGGUAACAAAGGGAUUUUUAUGAAGCUCUGCUUCCUCCGUUUGAUUUUUAUUAUUUUCCUUUGGAUUGCAAAAUGAUUGUUCGGCACUACGUUUAAGACUUUCUUCAUCUGGGCGAACCGACUGCGAUUUUACAAUAAAGAACCCUCUCGGAUGUCCUAUUUUUGUAUAUGCGACACCGAGGUUGCCGUUGAACGGAACGCAGUGAGCAGAGAAGGCAGGGAAUUCUGGUGGAGCGCUCUGCACUGACGGCCCCCCUGUGACCCCGCCCCACCCCACCCCACCCCACCACCACCCCCGUCUCCUGCUCUGCAAGCAGCUGCUCCAAGCCGAGCCCGGAGAUGCCGCCGGUGUGAGAAGAGUUAUGGAGGCCUCAGCUUGAAACCCGGAACCUGUGAGCUGAUAUACCAUGGAACGGCUGGUCUUGUGUGUGCUGGUGUUUGGAGCUCUGGUGAAGGGACACAACUGCCCCGGCCGUUGCAUCUGCCAGAACAUCUCCCCCACCCUGACCCUGCUCUGUGCCAAAACAGGACUCCUCUUUGUCCCCCCCACCAUCGACCGCAAGACCGUGGAGCUGCGACUGACGGACAACUUCAUCACCAUCAUACGGAAGAAAGACUUCUUAAACAUGACCAGUCUGGUCCACCUCACCCUGUCCCGAAACACCAUCAGCCAAAUCACCCCCCAGGCCUUCGUGGGUCUCCGGUCUUUGCGUGCCUUGCACAUGGACGGCAACCGCUUGAGCAGUAUCAAGACCGAGCACUUCAAGGGCCUGGUCAACCUCCGGCACCUCAUCCUGGGAAACAACCAAAUCCACCACGUGGCUCCCACCUCCUUUGAUGAGUUUGUGGCCACCAUCGAGGACUUGGACCUGUCCUACAACAACCUCCGGACGCUUCCGUGGGAGGCCAUCGCCCGGAUGACCAACAUCAACACGCUCACCCUAGACCACAACCUCAUCAAUCACAUUGAGGCUGGGACCUUCAACCUCCUCACCAAGCUGGUGCGCCUGGACAUGACCUCCAAUCGGCUCCAGAAGCUGCCCCCGGACAGCCUGUUCCAGCACGCCCAGGUUCUGUCUGAUCCCAAAGUCUCCAACCCCUCUACUCUAGCCGUAAGCUUCGGGGGGAACCCCCUCCACUGCAACUGCGAGCUCCUGUGGCUCCGUCGGCUCACCCGCGAGGACGACCUGGAGACCUGCGCCUCCCCGGACCACCUCAUGGACAAAUACUUCUGGUCCAUCCAGGAGGAGGAGUUCAUCUGUGAGCCCCCCCUGAUCACCAAGCACCAGGCCACUAAGCCCUAUGUGAUGGAGGGCCAGGGGCUGACUCUGAAGUGCAAGGCUAUGGGGGACCCGGACCCGGUCAUCCACUGGCACUUCCCGGACGGCAAGCUGGUCCACAACAACUCCCGGACCAUCCUGUACGACAACGGGACCCUGGAAAUCCUCAUCACCACGCUCAAGGACAGCGGGGCCUUCAACUGCGUGGCCUCCAACGCCGCCGGGAUCGCCAACGCCUCCGUGGAGGUCAACAUGAUCCCCCUGCCCCUCUUCGUGAACAACACCGGCCACAUGAAGGAGGCCGACCCGGGCCUUUCAGACAUCACCACCUCCUCCAAGUCCAACAGCAACGACACCAAGAACCAGGACAAGAGGGUGGUGGCGGUGGAUCUGACCUCCUCCUCGGCGGUCAUUCGCUGGCCGUCGGAGCGCCACAUCCCGGGCAUCCGCAUGUACCAAAUCCAGUACAACAGCACGUCGGACGACACGCUGGUCUACAGAAUGAUACCGUCGACUAGCAAGACCUUCCUGGUGAACGACCUAGCGGCGGGCCGGGAGUACGACCUGUGCGUUCUGGCGGUCUACGACGACGGGAUCACGUCGCUAACGGCCACCCGCGUGGUGGGCUGCGUCCAGUUCAACACGGCCAGCGAGUCCAGCCAGUGCCGCUUCAUCCACAGCCAGUUCCUGGGCGGCACCAUGAUCAUCAUCAUCGGCGGCAUCAUCGUGGCGUCCGUGCUGGUCUUCAUCAUCAUCCUCAUGAUCCGCUACAAGGCCUACAGCGCGCCCGACGACGGCAAGGCCAAGGUGAGCGACGUCCACUCGCAGACCAACGGCAGCCAGGCCGCCGGGCUCCGCCGUUCGGCCUCCCGGCCACAGGGGGGCGACGUCCACCGCGAGGAGUCCAAGCAGUGCAAGGCCCUGGUGCUCAAGGUGGACUGCGAGGCCCGGGAGGGCCCGCCGGCCACCACCGCCAUCCUGGAGGUGGAGCUCCCGCCCCUGCCCCCCCGGGCCGGGGACAAGGGCGCCCGGCGCGCCAGCCUGGACACCCAGCGCCCGGGCCCCUUCCCCCCCGAGGACGCGGCCACGGACGGCAGCCUGGCCGGCUCCACCAUGUCCCUGUGCCUCAUCGGGCCCAGCGCCGGCUCCAAGGAGGCCCCCCGGCUCAAGGACAAAAAGGGGGCGCUGGCGAACAUUGGGCUGCUGCCCAACGAGCUGGCAAGAACUAGGCACCGGUUCUCCUUCGACGGGGACUACUCGCUCUUCCAGAGCCACAGCUACCCGCGGCGGGCGCGGAGGCACAGGUCCUCCACCCAGCUGGACAUGGACUCCUCUCCGCUGGCCAACCGCAAGGUGACCUUCAGCAGCACCGAGUGGAUGCUGGAGAGCACCGUUUAGCAGCGUCUGUUAGCCCCGGCCCCGGCCCCGGCCUCACGCAGGGCCCUCCCUCAGGCACGCGGGGAGGGCCGCUGGGCCCCUGGCCCCCACCGGUUCCACACAGCGGUGCCUUAUUCAGAGAGAUGUACCAGUGGAGGAUGCUGCUACAUUUUGGUCACAUUCAUUAAAUUCUAACACACAUUCCCCCCUACACUCCCCACCCCCUCCCCCCCUGCAUCCCCUACCCCUGUUUUGGAGGGGCGGUGGGGGGAGGGGUGCUUUUAGUUUCCCCCCUUUUCUAUGUGAAGCUAAUAACAGUUGUGGCCAAACGGAAGUGACUGUUUUUUGUUUCCUUUUUACAAAAACAAUGACAGCAAAUGAAACAUCAGAACAGACAGGAAGUGAAAAUGGACAGGAAGACACUGGAAAACAACCCCCCCCCCCCCCUUUAAUGGUUGCUAAAAUACUUUUUGCACAGAAGACACGAGCUCAAAAGACAAGUAUCACACCAGUUUUCACAAUGAAAGAAAAAAAAUACAAGUAGAUCUGUACACAUGCUGGUUUCAUAUAUUAGCACAGGGGGAAGAGUGCUGAAAGGACUACUAGAACCUGGGAACUCUACAUUACGGACUUGGCUGUAUGAUAUUGAUAAGUAUUGUUUGAAAUGUGGCUGUACGAUAUUAAUAGGUAUUGUAUCUGGCUGGUCUAGAUAAAACAACAACAACAACCAGGAAAACAACAGUGACAAAAAAAAAAAAAAAAAUCUAUAUAAAUAUAUUAAAAAAUUAUCUGUGUAUGUGUAUAAAAAGUAUAAGAAAGUCAUGUGCUACAUGACUUUUUUUUCAAAGCAUUUGAGUGUUGAACACAAGUUUUUACAUUAAAAACCUGUGCAUCACAUCUUCUCCUCCUUAUUUAGUAUAUCAAAUUUUGGACCACCUGUCCCUUGAGAAAGGGUAUUAAAACGUUUUGUGUGGGUUAACUGCUCCUCGUCUCAUUCUCUCUUUUUCCUAUUCUGAAGACUGAAGCUUAAUACAUGCAUCGAAUAAAUAAAAAAUAUAUAUGACUAAUAUGCAAUUGUAUAUAAAGCCAAUAAAAUAGAAAUGGCCAACGAUUGUCCUGGCUAAAAAAAAAAAAAAAUACCAUACAUUUCACAGUUUAGAUUUUUUGACCAGAUUCUUGUCCAGUUCUCUGUCAUGAUACACAAGUGUUCAUGGUGUGAUAGUUUUUAAUAUUAUUUUUGAUACAAUUCCGUCUGUAUUUGAACAUUCUGGUUACACCCACUGACUGGAUGUGUUGCCACCAACAGCUGUGUUUUACAUCAGUUCAGAAAAGUCACAUUUUCAUACACACAGUAGAUAAGGGAAAGCACACAGUUUUUGUCCAAAGAAUUAUUAUUAUUUUUUUUGUGUUGUUAAAUCAUCUGAAAUAUUUCAAAAUUACAGUAACAAACAAUACCAGUGAAAUCAGCAAAAAUGCCGGUUAUGUCAUGAACUACAUCACAAAUCAAAUCAAAUCAAUGUUUAUAAAUGUGUGAAUAAAGAUGAUGUUUAUAUGUUUUUGUGAGUAUUCUUCCAGGUAUCAAUUCCAGGAAUAAUGUGUGUAUUCAUUUAUCGCUCUCUAAAUCACAGUUUUUAUUAUGAAUGGACAAAGUAUAAGAUCUGUAGCUCAUUAAAAUUCAGAUGAUGAGUAUGCAUUAAAUUCAUAAGAAAUA